AUGCUGCCGCUUGGGCUCCUGAAUGCGGCGCAGGGCCACCCCAUGCUGGUCGAACUCAAGAAUGGCGAGACACUCAACGGGCACCUGGUGCAAUGCGACACGUGGAUGAACCUGACACUGAAGGAGGUGGUACAGACGAGUCCGGAAGCCGACAAGUUCGUCCGCCUGCCCGAAGUCUAUGUCAAGGGCAACAAUGUACGUCGUGGCAGCACAAAUCCCUAUGCGUUUCGGAGAAAGGUGCUAACCGAGCGAUAG